UGGUCACUGUGCAGGCGCUUGGGUGACGCGACGAUCUCAGUGGAUCUGGUCACCUUCGUCUCCCCGCCAUGGAGACCUCAGCGCUCAAGCAGCAGGAGCAGCCCGCGGCGACCAAGAUCAGGAACCUGCCCUGCUCCAUUUGCCGAAGAAGAAGGCGGCUUUCGCACCUGGUGACAGCAUAGGGGUUCGAUCCCGCGUCUCCUGACACCUGCAAUGGCCUCCAUGCCAAAAUGCCCUCUUCCCACUCUUCAAAACCUGCGAUGCGACAAUUGGUCACAUUUUAAACUACCCCUGGCAACCACUAAUCUGCUUUCUGUCUGUAUGGAUUUGCCUAUUCUGAACAUUUCAUGGUUGAAAAAUACCGGCCACAGACCCUGAAUGAUCUCAUUUCUCAUCAGGACAUUCUGAGUACCAUUCAGAAGUUUAUCAGUGAAGACCGACUGCCACACUUGCUUCUCUACGGUCCGCCAGGGACAGGCAAGACAUCUACCAUCCUAGCCUGUGCGAAACAGCUAUAUAAAGACAAAGAAUUUGGCUCCAUGGUCUUGGAGCUGAAUGCUUCAGAUGACCGAGGAAUAGACAUCGUUCGAGGGCCGAUCCUGAGCUUUGCUAGCACAAGGACAAUAUUUAAGAAAGGCUUUAAGCUAGUGAUCUUGGAUGAAGCAGACGCCAUGACUCAGGACGCCCAGAAUGCCUUGAGAAGAGUAAUUGAGAAAUUCACAGAAAAUACCAGAUUCUGCCUCAUCUGUAACUAUCUGUCAAAGAUCAUCCCUGCCUUGCAGUCCCGCUGCACGAGGUUUCGGUUUGGUCCCCUGACUCCUGAACUCAUGGUUCCCCGCCUGGAACAUGUCGUGGAAGAAGAGAAAGUUGAUGUAAGUGAAGAUGGAAUGAAAGCACUAGUCACUCUUUCCAGCGGAGACAUGCGCAGGGCUCUGAACAUUUUGCAGAGCACCAAUAUGGCCUUUGGGAAGGUGACAGAGGAGACUGUCUACACCUGCACCGGGCACCCGCUCAAGUCAGACAUUGCCAACAUCCUGGACUGGAUGUUGAAUCAAGAUUUCACCACAGCCUACAGAAAUAUUACAGAGUUGAAAACUCUGAAGGGGUUGGCACUGCAUGAUAUCCUAACAGAGAUACACUUGUUUGUGCAUAGAGUUGACUUUCCAUCUUCAGUUCGAAUACAUUUAUUGAUCAAAAUGGCAGACAUUGAGUACAGGCUUUCUGUUGGCACCAACGAGAAGAUCCAGCUGAGCUCCCUCAUUGCUGCAUUUCAAGUCACCAGAGACCUGAUUGUUGCAGAGGCCUAGAUGCUCCGAGGGCCGUUCACAAUUCUCAGGGCUCAGCAGUGAUGGGAGAACAGAGGACAGUUCCAGGAUAAACUGCUGCCUGGGGCUGUGGGAUGAACCAGUCACCCCAAAUCUUGGAAAAACUCCCUUCCAGGAGAGGAUGGGCAGGCAUUUAAAAAGUACCAUUUUUGUGGUUGUUUGGAGCGGGGAUGUACAAAAUAAUUUUAAUGUAUUAACUCAUACUGCCUGUCCUUUAUAGGGCAAAAAAAAUAACCUUUUUUAUUUUAAAGUUAUAAGGUUUUUACCUUUUAGUUGCUUGGAUGACAGGGAAUUAGCCUACCCCAUUUUGGUCUGGAACAGAAGACUUUCAAAUUUAAUAUGGUCCAAGUGUCUUCCUACUCAAGGUAAACAUCAUCUCCAAAAUUACAUUUAUGAUUCUAAUAUUUGGCAUUGUGUCUGUAUCUAAUUUAAACAGAUGUUAACGGACGUCUGGCCGAAACUACUAUACUUUUAUAAGAUGAGCUGAAUCCUCUUACUUUAAAAACUGGUCUUUUUAUUUACCUUCUGUGGUAGAAGAGUCACCAGCAGGUUCCAAAUUGAUGUGGAUGAUAGGAAAAAAACCUUAAUUUUAAAUAUAAUAUAGAGCCUUAAGCUAUGCCAUUUGGGGGCAGAGGCUGUAUAAAACGCACUUGUUUUCAUGCAGGAGCGGGGCAAGUAAGAUUGAGCCUGACUGUAAACCUAGAACUGCGGAAGGACUGGGACUUUUGUACAAAUUUCACAUUUAUUUUACAGCAAUCAUGCUGCAUUUGUGUUAGUGUUCUUUAUAAUAAAAAACAAAGCAGCCUGCUGGCUGGCUGUGUUACAAGUGACUCUUCCUUAGACAACUAGAAAGAUGCUGACUUUGUCAAACUUGCAUUUAUAUGAAAACCUUCUGUCUCUAAUAUCACAGAAUAAACUUUCUUUGGAUGCUGUUCUUUAUAAA